AUGUCUGCUCAACAACAACAACAGCCUACACCUGCUCCAAUCACUGACAUUUCCAAAUUGGCCAUUCCUACAUUACCAAAUGUUACACCACCACCACCAAAACAAAAUUCAUUUUGGUCAUCAAACCCAGUAUUUUCAUAUUUAAACGAUGUACACAACGCUAUAAGCGAACACCGUGCCAACUUGGGCUUAACCAACCCAGGAACCAUUGAAAAUUUAAAUAAAGAAGUGUCAAGAGAUGUAUUUUUGAACCAAUAUUUUUUCACUGGAUUAAGAGCUGAUUUAAACAAGGCCUUUUCCAUAGCUCCUGCUUUCCAAACUUCUCAUACUUUGAGUUUAGGUUCGCAAGUGUUGCCUGCAUACGCCUUCAGUGCCUUGUUUGCUGCCGAUGAUUAUUUCUUGCAAGGUAACAUUGAUAAUGAAUACAAUUUCAGUGGAAGAAUCAAUUAUGGAUGGGACAAAGCCAACAUUUCCAAAAUCACAUUACAGUUGGCCCAAUCGCAACCUUCAAUGGUGCAAUUGGAACAAGAUUACCAAGCUAAUGAUUUCUCCAUCAAUUUGAAAGCAUUAAAUCCAAACUUUUUAUACGGUGGGUUUUCUGGUGUUGCCGUGGGUUCCUUGUUGCAAAGUAUAACUCCUAAAUUUGCCCUUGGUUUAGAAGCAAUGUAUUCAAAACAGCCAUUGGCUCCACCAGACACCGCAGUUUCAUACGUUGCUCGUUACAACAAUGCUGGUAAAUGGAUCGCCUCGGCCCAAUUCCAAGGCCAAGGUGCUUUUGUCGCUUCAUUUUGGAGAAAAGUUAGUGAUAAAGUUGAAGCUGGUUUGGAAACUCAAGUUGCCGCCACUAUGAAGCAAGUUGCUGAUCCAUUAAUGGGAAUUGGAUUCGAACCAGUCAUUGAGGGAACUACCACCAUUGGUGCUAAGUAUGAAUACAGAACUGCCAUGUUUAGAGGACAAUUGGAUUCCAAGGGAAAAGUUAGUGCAUUUUUGGAAAAGAGAAUCUUGCCUACUGUCAGUGUAUUGUUUAGCGGUGAAAUUGAUCAAUUAAAAAACACAUCAAGAUUAGGAUUGGGUUUGCAAUUUGAAGCUGCGGGUAAUGAACAAUUGUUGUUGAUGCAACAAGGGUUAGUCGAUGCUAAUGGAAACCCAAUUCCUGGUGCUCCAGCUCCUGCAUUGUAA